AUGUUUGAGAAGCUCAAGAACAAGCUCCACUCCCGCAAAAAUAGAGAGCCGACAAAGGCGACUAGUGGGAACAAAGCGCCUUCCGUGGCAGCUGCCCAGGUACCAUCCAGUGACAAUGAAGUGUUUAUGGAGAAGCCGGUCGCGGAAGAAUCUGUCCAGCAGCAAUCCUUCCCUGUGCAGUCUGAUCAACAAGUCCCGAAACAGCUUCAUGCUCCUGCCAGAGAUCUAUGGCAGGAUACACCCGACCCGGGACAAACUAAAGGAUAUGAAAUUAGACAACCUUAA